AUUAUAACCAGUUAUGCUCGAACUAUUGUAUCGUUUAGACGUGUCGAAGAGACGCGCGUUCUAUUUCGUAUAUAAUUUAAAGUUAUAUAAAAUUUUUGUGUGUGUUUAAAAUAUAUAUAUUUUAUUUCCGAUUACAUAUAUAUUUUUAUAAAUGUUUAUUUGCAAGUGUAUUUUAAGUGUAUUUAUUCGUAACAGUGGUCAAAAUUUAGCUCAUUUUAUUCGCAAAUAUGGUAUAUUUCGUCAUUGUGUUCACCUCUAUGUUAUGCACGGAUGGAAAGCUGUUGUUGUGUCAUUGUUUAUCUACGAAUAAUGUUUUAAUUUCUACAUUUUGCUACAUGAUGUGGGUCUCACAUAAGGAUUACUGAUAAGAAUAUAGCAACAUCAAUAGUUCUUCAUUCUUCAUGUUUAAUGUGCUUAAAAUGUCUGGAACGGAGGCACAUGGCGGCGAUACGAGUCCUACGCGUCGGCCAAGGCAGAGUAGAAUUCACAGCGUCGGGUUACCGACUCGAACGUCCCUGCUUCCGGAACCCCCGCCCGCCGGAAGUAGCACUCCACCGCCGAUACCGCGCCGCCAUUCAGCCACACCUGCGGUCGCUCCUCCACCGAUACCGUUGCGGCCGCCAGCGAUCCCGAAACGGAGCAAAAACGAGAAACCGAUCCCUAUACAGACGAGUCGAGCUCGAAAAGCGAGCGACCCGAGCUCGCUACCAUCCACGUCCAUCGUCUCCGCGCCUCUCCAUUCGUGGCCGAACAACGAGAAGUUGAUCGAUCUGGGCCCGUUGCAGGCCCACGAUCUGCGACCCGAUUGCGCCUCGUUGAGCUUGGCUGCGGGGGAAGAGGCGCGAGAGGCGGGCGAGGGUAACGAGUUCGUGGCGGACUUCGACAAGGCGAAUUUCCUUUCCGGGGAGGAUUGCGGCAAGAGGAUUCCGGGGGAGAAGUCGAGCUUCGAGGAGCUGCAGAAGGCGUCGCGGGAUCUCGAGAAGCGGUUGCACGAGAGGAUCGUGGCGAGCGGCGAGUCCAAGUUGAAAGAUCAGACGACGAGCAGGGAGGAGAGGCGGAGGCAGGCGAAUGCGCAGAAUAACAGGAUGCAGUCGUCCAAGUCGGGGAAGGAGAGUUUCAAGGAAGUUGGAGACAGAAAGCCUCGAGAAAAAAUCACGGGAUCCCGAAGGGAGGCCCCGCAGGACGAGGAGACGAAGUUCGCAGCCCUGGUCAGGUCGCAUCGCGAGGCGGAGAAGAGGUGCAAGUUCGAAGAGCUUCAGGCAGCCUCGAGGAAGCUCGAGAGACGGUUGUACGAGGAGGAUGAGCAUCUGAGGGCGAACAAGGAGCGACCUGGCAGGUUCGAGGAGGUGCAGAGAGGGUCGCAGGAUCUCGAGAGACGACUGCAUUCCGAGCAGAAAUCCGUGGAAGCUGUGCCGCGCGGCAAGUACGAGGCUGAGAUGGACAGGGUGAGGAACAUCUUGCAGCACAACCUCAGGAAGGAGAGGAACUGCGAAAAAUUGGAGAAACUCCCAAAGGCGACCCAGACGAAUCUCCCCCCUCCUCUGAGCGCGAUCUCGCAGAGCUCGGUACCGAAGCCUAUGAGCGUCCGCCAGGACAGCAAUGUUUCCUCGGAUAGUUUCAGCCAGACGAGUUCCCCCAGUUACACCAGCAAGACCAUGGAGGCGCCUCUUUUACCACAUAAAUACAGCAAAGUGCCAGACAGGGCACUGGUCUCGGAGCCGGAGAACUCGUCGGGGCGGACGAUCACCAAAUCGACCAGCACGCCGGCCAGCCUCCAGGCGAUCGUCAGAGUUCACGGAGGGAACAAUAGCUCCUUGCAUCACAAGAUCAUCAGUGACAUGGCCAGCAGCCACUACGUAACCAACGGGGGAUUGCGUUUCAGAUUCGUCCAGGUGUUCUUCAACGCUGUCGCCCUGUUGGUCAUUGCCGGCGGUCUGACCAUUUACUUCAAGUCCUAUCCCGAGACGCUCAUAAGGGUGGAGAACAAAACGGUCUACACGAAAAUGGUCGCUGUUACGGAACGCGCCCCACCGGCGGUCGAAGAGAAGAAUCCGGCCCCGGGCGUUUGCCUGCCCAUAAUCGUGGCGUUUUGCAAAUACCAUAAGAUCCCGUAUAAUUUCACCAUCUUCCCGAAUUACAUGGGCAAUUUCGGGCAGCGAGACGCUCAACACGAGUUGGAACUUUACAGUGCCGUGAUCGACGUCAAAUGCUACGAAUUGGCCGCCCUCUUUCUGUGCAGCGUUUUCGUCCCGAAAUGCGGAUCCCGGGGCCACGUGGUGCGACCGUGUCGCAGCCUCUGCUAUCAUACCAAGAGACGUUGCGGAUUUUUCCUGGACGUGUUCGGCCUCACUCUGCCCGAGUAUCUGGAAUGCGAUCUGUUCCCGGAGAAUUCCAAUUCGGACGAGUGUGUGGGCCAUCAAGAAGUGCUGGAUGCGGCCCGGAGAGCGGAGAAACCCGUAUGCACCAGCGGGUUCCAAUGCGAUGGGACCAGAUGCAUUCCGGUCGACUGGCGAUGCGACGGCCACUUGGAUUGCGAGGAUCACAGCGACGAGAUUGGAUGCGGCGAGUGCGCCGCCUCCUCCUCCCCCUCUUCAUCCUCCCCUGCCUUCAGCACCAAGAUCGUGAAAAAGCCCAUCCUGGCGAAGAACACCGUCUCCAAGUCGCCCUUGCAUUGCGGGGAGAAAAGAUGUAUGUCGGCGAACCACAUCUGCGACGGGGUGAUGGACUGUCCCUGGGGUCAGGAUGAACGAUAUUGCUUGAGAUUAAGCCAAAGAAACGGAGACGUGGGCGAGGGAAGGUUAGAAGUUUAUCACGCAGAGAUGGGCAAGUUUAUGCCAGCUUGCAUUCCUUACUGGGAUUCGAAUUCCGCUAAAACUAUCUGCUCAAUGCUCGGAUAUACGGUGGCACUUUCGUACAGAUUGGCGCAAGACACGAAUCUCACUCGAAGAGAGAACACGAGCCAGCAUACCAAUCUUCUGAAGGAAUUUCAGGAAUGUAUUACGGAUCAGGAGGCGUAUCCCACUGCGGAAUUGACGUGUUCGGAAUAUGCUUGUGGACGAAGAAACACUGUUUAUGGAAACGUGAGGGCGAAAACGAGGAUCGUAGGGGGUGUGGAGUCGGCUCCUGGUGAUUGGCCGUUCCUAGCAGCUCUUCUUGGCGGACCUGAGCAGAUUUUUUACUGCGCCGGAGUCUUGAUCGCCGAUCAAUGGGUCCUUACAGCCUCUCACUGCGUGGGAAAUUACUCUGACGUGACUGGGUGGACGAUACAGUUGGGGAUCACCAGAAGACACUCUCACACUUAUCUUGGCCAAAAGCUGAAGGUAAAGAGGGUGGUACCUCAUCCAGAAUAUAAUUUAGGCUUCGCUCAGGACAAUGACGUGGCUCUUUUCCAGCUCGAAAAGCGAGUUCAGUUUCACGAACAUCUAAGGCCAGUCUGUCUGCCAACGGCCAAUACUCAAUUAAUACCCGGGACGUUGUGCACCGUGAUUGGUUGGGGCAAGAAAAACGAUACCGACAAUCGGUUUGCCGACAGCCUCCGAAUACGAAUUAGCUGUGAACGAAGUUCAAGUUCCCGUUUUGAACAGAAAAGUGUGCAAUUUUUGGAUCGCGUACAAGGAAAUGAACGUGACCGAAGGAAUGAUAUGUGCAGGAUAUCCGGAUGGAGGAAAAGACGCGUGUCAGGGCGAUUCUGGAGGUCCAUUGUUGUGCCAGGACGAACAAGACAAGGAGAAAUGGUUUGUCGGCGGAAUAGUGAGUUGGGGCAUAAUGUGCGCCCAUCCAAAAUUACCAGGUGUGUACGCUUACGUGCCAAAAUACGUACCCUGGAUACGGAAUCAAAUGGCCAAGUAUUCUGAUAUGAGUAUGGGUUAAUCACGAAAGGUAAAAAAAAAAAAAAAUCACGAAGAUGAUGUAAAUCGAAAGUAAGUCAUCCCGCUGAAGAGAUUAAUCGAGAUAUUUAAUUAAGACAAUAAUUUAAACGACAAUAAGCUUAGUUGAGAAACAGUUAUAGGAACUACGUUAUAGAUCUUCGAAGGAUAUUUUCGAGAUAUUAGUGAUUAUAUACUUAGAUAGGCGCGGUUAUUCAAACUGUUUGAGUUGACCUAUUAGCUUACCAAGGAUUCAACUUUGUUACAAAAAGAAGAAUAAUCGUAAUUCACUUGAUACAAAUUCCCUUUUGAAUAAUAUAUUUUGAAAUGUUGUACACUGGUGAUACUUUAGAAGAUUAUCUUUCUCUGUGAAGACAAUACGAUCUCAAUCACGAUAGAUGCCUCGAGUUCAAAGUAUUCGUAUUCCGUUUAACCACGUGAAAACUUUUCUCCUUUCAACGAGUAUUUUUACUACGAACUCGUAACUUUCUAAAUCGAUGAUAAAUCUGAUAUGAUGAUACGUGCAAAUAUGUGAUGAGAAGUUGAUCGACGUAGAUUUAAACAAAUAUUUCGUGAUCUUUUCGAAAGCUUGUCUAUGACAAUAGAUUUAUAAAGGUUUAUCACAAAUUUUUGCAUCCUAUUUCCAUUUCUACGCAGUUGCACUACCUUAAAUUAGUCGAGUCGAUCGACGAUUCCCUGUGUCUACGUUGAUCAAUUUUUAAAUAACCUUCUCUCACCUACGAAUAAAAAAUUUAGAUAAGAAUGCAAAAGUAAAGAUGAAAUAAGAGGAAACAUACUACGGAGGAAGAAAGCUUCAGACAACGAGCUCUCGUCGCCAUUUUCUAGAAAGUCAACGCCCGCUUCUAAACUCUAAAGAUAAAACUCGAUGUAAUUAAAUUAAGCGAAACUGUGCAAAUUUCCUCAUCGAAAUUAGAGACAAAAAGCGAAGCAAAUACAGUCAAAAUUUCCGCAUCAGAUGCGACAAAAUAAAAUAAGAAAAAGAAAAAAAAAAUAUAAAAAAAUAGAAUUUUCUAUCGCCAUCUGUUUUUUUGGAAAACAGCGUACGUGCCACCAAGUGGUCGAUAAUCAAAGGGGUGUGCGUUUGCUGUACAUUAAGAAGAAGUUUCUCUGCUCCAUCACGAAUUUAGAAACUGUGGCAGCUAAAAAUAAGAGAAGUACAGGAAUUAAAAGGAUUUGUUUUCUUUUCUUUUUUGUGAGAAAAAUGAAAGAUUGAAAACUAUUAUGGAUACUUUUUUACGAGUUUUAUAAACGCACACCCAAAGUAAGUGAAAUUCUGUGCACAUACUGCAUCAGAUGCGUUUGUGCACUUAUAAUAAACGUUUCGUGUACCUAUAAGAGAUUAAUAUAGAGUAAUUAUCGAUAUUAAAUUAAGAUGUAUGUUUGUUAAUGUAGGUAUAAAUUAUAAUAUACAUAUACGUGUUUAGCGUUGCGUGUAUUAACUGUAUAUUAUAAUGUAAAGUACGUGUGUAAGUAUAGACAGAGAAACAUACAAACGUAUGUAAGAUAGAAUAUGUAAGUAUUAGAAUUGUGGUAAUUGAAUUUGAUUCAUUUCUGAAGUUUAAUUAAUUUAAUUUUUUUUAGACAACUUUUUCUAAUUAAUUAUUUGAUAAUUAAUUAUCAAAUAUUCGAAAUUACGAAAUUAUUUAGGAAUCUUUUAUAAUUGGAAAGAAAUUUAAUUCUUUAUCGAAAGGAAAUUUAUAUCUAAAUUUACUCGUUAAAUUUUCCAAUUGAUCUAAUUAUUCAUUUAAAGCUUACGUAUUUAAUAUCCUAAUUCUCUGCUCGUACUCCGAAUAUAUUUUUAUUAUUAUAUUAUUAUUAUUAGGAAUAAAAAUAUAUUCGAAGCAAGAGGAAAAAAACAGUAUCUAAAGAUAUAAAUAAUGAAGCAUUGCUUGUAGUAAUUUAUUAGGGCACUGGCUAGGCUUAAACGUUAGAUUAAACACAUGUUGACUGAAUUCUAGGGACAAUACUCUGCACCAGCACUUUUUUGAUCCGCACCCAGAUGAGAUGAGAAAAAGAUAACAUAGUUUUUAAAAAACGAGUAAAAUACUUUGUACUUGAUAUGUAUAUUGUUUACGAGAAGAAAAAACUAGGAGCCUUACUAAUUGACUUAGACUUUUUCUAAGCGAUAAGAAUAGCGGUAUUGUUGGUCAGGACAAUAAUCGACCUCGUUUUUUCGUGACGCCAUUUUCUUAUCCGUGUCUUCCUCCAUUGAGGAUACUUUUUUAUCUUGUUACGAAUACGCUUGUUUUCUAUGACGUAUUCUUUUCAUAGAUAUUUCGUAAGGAAGAUUUUUCUAGAUAUAUUUAUUUCUUAGUUCGACUUUGGACGAAAAUUUAUUUCAUCAAUAGGUAAAAAUAGGUAAUUUCCACUUUUUCUCUACCUAAUCGAGGCUACUUCCAAAAGUUAAUAAGACGCUUUGCUCUCCCUUUCAAGUACAUUCGAACGAUUGUUUUUUUUUUCCUCGAACAAGAUGCUCACUUUUUAUCCCCCGUUGACACGUUAGAGGAUAAAAGUCUUCCUUAGUAUCCAGACAACAGGUAGUUGUAAGCGAGGAAUAAUGUAAAAUUUAAUAAUAACCGACAAUACUGUGUGAGCAGACAAUAAAUAAUAUUAGGAAAUGUUCCAAGACGGACAAUAACUUAGCUCGUAAGCACGUAGGUUAAAUUUUAAUCGAUAAGGCAGCAGAUAUGCAUGUGAUUGUUGAAGAUAAUUCUCUCGUGUAAAGUGUAAGAUCGCUAUUAUAAUCGUUGAUUAAGGUGAUAAUUUAAGGAAUGUAUGGUGGAUUUAAAUUGAAUCGUGCGUUUGAAAUUUUACUUCAGUUUCUAAUCAUGUUUAACAGCAAGUAAAAAACCAAUUAUCUCGGUUCCCUUAUUAAAUACAAUAAUUCUAUCUCUUUCAAUUACAGUGAGGUAGUAAUUAUAUAAUCGCUAAAAAAUCCACCAUUAUUGCUAUUGACAUAAACUUUUCCCCAUUGUUGCACGUAAUUCCAUUGGUAUUUUCAUAAAUAUUCGAUCAAUUUGUACACAAAGGAUAAAAUCAAAUUAGAGAUCAAAAGAAAAUAUAUAUCGUCAUUAAAUGAAAUUAAAAAUCAAAUAGGACAAUCAGGAAAUUAUUUUCUCGACAAGAAUAUUUUUCUAAAUCGAGUAGAAUUCUUGGUUUCAUCAUUGCUGCAUACUAUACAGAUUUAUAACGCAAAAAUAUUCUUCCUUCUCUUCUAAAAUCUAAUUUCCACUUUUAUUUCAAAUUUAAUCAUAGCUUUCGAACAUAGGAUCUCGAUUCGAAAUAUUGUGAUGAGACAACGGUUUGUACGUGAAAUCAUUUAUAACUAUAAGACGAUAUAAUCGCGAUAAUAUAAAAUAUAUCGAUAAUAUACAUAUAUAUAAAAAUAAUCUAUAAGCAGGUGUUGUUUAAGAGAACAAUUACAAAUCUAUUUUACAGAAAUGAUAUUGCUCGGUUUAGUUGGUGAUUCGGUGCCAAAAGAAGAAAAAGAAGAAGAAAAAAAAAGAUCGUAUAUUUCCGUUGAAACGAAGUCGUUUCGCACGAUGGAUUUUUAUAUAUUUUUUUAUCGACGUGACUAGAAAGAAUGCCGAGAGAAAGAUACCAAAAAAAAAAAGAAAAAAAAAGAAAGAAAGAAAAAAAGAAGAAAAAAAAAGAACGUAGAUCGUAUUGAGAAUUAUGAGAGUUCUUGUUUCAUUGGAUGAUUUUAGACAUUUUUUACGCGAGAAAAUCGUUACAGAGUCAAUAAUAUGUAGUCAAUUUAGAAAUAGAUGUAUCGUAGGCAAGAUGGCUGUAAAGUUUGUAUAUGUUAAGUACCGUGGAACCUUCGAGUAAACCUUCAUUCAGAUCAUUGCAUUUUAUAAAGCUGUUCAUUCUUCUUUAGAGAUAGAGACAACAAAAUUUUCUAAUUUUUCCAAUUCUUUCCUUGGAAUAUUUAUAAUUUCUUCUAACGAUUCUUCCUAGUUUUCUUAGAAUUUCUCUAUAACUUUUCCUACGAAACAUUUUGUAGAACGUUUCGUUUCUUCUCGCUGUCAAAAUAAUCGUAUUCCGAUUCAACUACUCGAGGUUGUCACGAACCGCUGCGCACAAAAUACUGAUGUCCCUAAGGAAGAAGACUCUCCUUCAGAAGAAGAUCUUCGAGAGACAUUACGAUAUAUAUGCGUAAACUACUCCUGUGAAGUCAAUGUCGAUUAGCGAUAUAUCUUAAUGAUAAUUGUAAAAUUAAAGCAAAAAAAAAAAAAAAAAGAAAAAAAAAAGGAAAAUAAAAAUGAAAUUAGGAUAAGAUUAAUCUAAGCUGUCUAAGCAAAAUACGGUAUAACUUAUACAACAACAAUCUUAACACACUCUAAACAAUUAUUUGUACGUGUUUCGAUCAUGAACGAUCAUAUAUGAAAUGUUUAAAAUAAAUAAAUAAAAAGAAAUUUAGUUUUAAGAGAGUUUAGGAAGCGAAGGUUCGUGGUGAAAAAUUAUGAAGAAAAAUUAUAUAAUGAAUUAAUCGAUUGAAAAAUGAUUUAUAAGAGAAGAAAAACCAACGCAUCUAUACGCAAUCGUCACUCGAGCUCGAAGGUUGAUAUACGUCACUGUAUAAUUACUUAUCGAAUCCGGAUCGAUGAAAUUACAUGUCAAUUCGAUGGAUUCCAGACGAAGCGAAAUAGAAUUAUUUUAUCGAAAAUAAAAAGGGUCUUGAAAGGAGGAGGAUAACUAAGUAGAGUUAAUGUAUUAAUUAAACAAGAUUCGAUUCGGAUUCAGCCGAGUGUUACGUUAGAGAAAUAUCUGCUCUGUGAUCUUUCUUCGAAAAGGAAUUCUUCGAAAAUUAUCUGGAUUAUUGAUUAAUCGAAUCCAAUAUAAUUUUCUAAUAUAGAAUAACAAUAUCAGAUUAUGAUUCCAAAUAAUUUAAUUUAACUCCUCAUCAGAAUUUGAUUCGAACAUCAUCGAACGAUCAUGUUUUCUCUUCUCUUGCGAGAUCGGAUAAGAGCAGUCGAUCAAUCCCCCUCCUUCCUCCAACUCGUUUGACGAGGGUUAGAAGAGUUAAAAAUCUAUACACACGCCUAAAUUAGCCGUGCUAAUAAAGCAUUUAUACUACGCUACGUGUCUCGCCCCGCGUUCUAUUCGAUCGGAUCCCCGUUGAAACAGUUAACAACGACAUUGACGAACAAUCAUAGCGAGGAGAUAUAGCCAAAGAAUUAACUUUUAAUAAACACACUACCACCGCUCCAUAGUUGAAUUAAAGAUGGAAGAAGAAGGAGGAAGGUAACGAGUAGAACGCGGGGACGUUUUAAAUGUGAUUGCUUGUGUUGUGCCCGGCACAAAUCCUAAUCGUACAAUCAGUGGUCGAUAUACUAUAUAUAUCGUAUAUUAUAUAUAUAUAGAGAGAGAGAGAGAAAGAGAGAAAAUGGUAAUGUUUGCAGGAUAAAAAUGAGAAAAUGAAAAUAUAGCCGGAAGAAGAAAUCUCGUUCAAAAGGGUUGUAAUUAACGAAUAAGCGAUAUUUGUAUGUUGUAUAUGUUAACACGUAGAUGUACAUAAUUACACGAAUAUGUAUACACAGGCAUAUACAUACGUAUAUUUACAAAAUGUACGCAAUUAUAUGCAGUAUAGAAUUACGUUUGGCCGUAAACGUUUUAGAUAAACGUUUCCACACGUUUCUGUGUCGCUGUGAUUGGUACAUAGACUUUUUAGGCCAGUGUUGCGUACCGUUAGAUUUCUAAUUAACAUUAAUUAUGGAUGGGGGACAGUCAUUGUUAACGAUCGCUCGGAUCGGUCGUUUCUUAUUAACCUCCACAUUCUGAGAUCUGUUUUAGAGAAUUAUAUAGGGUAUACAACUCGAGAAAUCGGUAAGAAGGAAUGAAUUUUCUCCAUCAUUUCAUCCGUGGACUUACUUUUAUUUCACAUCAUCGAUCUUAUGCAGAAAUUUGUGAAGAACAUUGUACGUGACAUAAAAGAUUGGUUAAAGAUGACAAAAUUCUAUAAUCGAUAAAUGUAAAGUAAAAUACUCGAAAAUACGUAAAAUAUAUUUUAUUUUAGUAAACAUUUAGAAUUUCAGAAAAUUGAAAUUUUUAAAAAGUUCACAGGUGAAAAUAUUGAAAAGAAAAUUUGGUCGCGUUUAGCAGUCUAUUUUGCUAUAGAAUAACAAUUAUUCUUAUUUUGGAACUUGCGUAAUGAAUUAAUAUUAAUUAGAGAAUCGAAUUUGUGAUCGAUUAAAAGUUUUGGCUUGUUUCGAUAAUAUUUAAAAUUUGAAAAUAAUUGUUUCUAAAAACAAUUUCUCAUACGCAUUACAUCGAAUAAUUUGAAUAAUUAAUAUUAUUCUUCGUUCGCAUUCUCAGAGAGAGAUUAUUAAUUUUGCUUGAAAAUGUUAUUCGAGUAAAAAUUGAAAGCUGACCGGAAGGUAAGACGCAGUAAAUUCGAUACUUGCACUGCCUUUCAUCAUCGUGAAAAAUGACUGUCUGGCCUCUGGAUGUUGCGAGAAUAAAAUAUAAGAAUAAGAGAAACAAAAAAAAAAAAAGGGAGGCAGUGUUACAUAUACACGAAUAUGUAUGUAUAUCGCUGUGUUGUGAACAGGAAUUUGAAUAAAAUGAAGAUGCAAAAAAAAAAAGAAGAAAAAAAACAAAAAAAAAAACAAAAAAUGGAGAAAAAAUCUAUAUAAGCAUAACAUAUAAUAUUACGUAUAAUAUAUGAUAGUAGAUUACGAGAAGAAAAUAAUAUGAAAUAAACUCUUGCUGGCCGAGAGUUGUAGCGUGUCGAUUAGCAGUAUAUCUAAAAUAUAUGAAGAUGUAUCUACCUGCAGCGGUAUCGCGUUUUAAACCGUGAGAACAAAACGAGAUGAGAGAAAAAGUAAGAAAGAAGAGGGAGUAAGGAAACUAAAGAAAUUUAUGGUGUUGGGAUUUUCGCGUGGGAAGCAUGAUAAAAAAUUUAUAGAAUAGAAACGAGAAUGCUUUCACGUUUCGUAGAACGUAUUUUUCUUUAUUUUCUUGACAUUAUGCGUUCAAGUAAUUUCAUUUGAAAUUUUAGUGAUUUAAAAUGCGGAAUAUAUUGCGUUAUUAUAAUUCAAGAUUGAAGACAAUUGUAUUCAUUUCAUUGUACUGUGAUUUUUUUUAAUCGAAAUUUUUGUAAUUACAUUGCGAUCGUACGAAUUUAAGAGAUAUCCGAGUUCUUUAAAAGAUACGAGACAAAAAGAAAUAUAUCUUUACAGAUUGAAAUAUAUUUUUGCAAGAAAAAUUGAUUCGUUUCUAAAAGUACAAAAAGGAGCGUAGAGAAAGUGGCAAUAAAACGAGUAUCUUUCACGAGACAUAUCCGAACAUAUCGAUUAGAGAAGAAAAGAAAAGAAAAAAAAAAGGAGCAGUGGAAUAAGAUGAUAUUUUUGAUUAUUCCGAAAAUGGGUUUCAAUCUGCAAAAAUAAAUUUCACAGUAGGAAGAGAAACGUAUGUGGUGGGUGUAUAAGUUCGAGAGUGCAAUUUGGAUCGGUACAAAGAAUUAUAUUACAAAAUAAAAAAUUAAGAAAAAGAAAAAAAAAUAAGAGAUAAGAAAAAGAUGUAUGUGCUGUAAGAGAAUAUUAUUAUGCAAGUUAUGCAAGCAAAAAACUAUAUAUAUGAUGAAUGUUGAUAUAUGAUAUAUUUAUGGAAAAUUCGUGUUGACAAAUAAAUUAUGUAUUAACAGUA